UAUUCCCAUUCAACAUCUCACACUUACACUCUCAUUCCUCCUCGACGGCUUGAUCUUCGGACAGGGCCGGAGGUACAGCCUCUUCGUACCCCUGCGAUUUCCUAUGAAGCCGUAAAACAAUCCUCUAACUCGCCACCAUGGCGCAUCCUCUCACUCAACAUCCUCCUUCCUCACUUCCCUUUGCUACGGCAGCUCGACCUUCACCCGUCGCAUUUGGGUUCGGACAACCUUCCUCGUUUUCAGCCUUCAGUAAUGGUCAAUUCAGUACCUUUGGUCGACCUCUGAAUGCAAAUCCUAAUGCUUUCCCCGCUCUCAACCCUCCUCCUUCAGGAUCGGGCUCAGGUUCAUCUUUCGUUGGACCCAUAUCGUCUUCGCCUUCUAAGCGAUUCACACGACCUAGUCCCAUUGGAUUCAAAUCGCAGCCUACGUUGAAAAGGACAAGAAAGAGUUCUUCUUCAUCCGAGUCGACACCUCCUUCCCCCCGUACGUUGUCAUCAUCACCAUCUCAUGCUGGCCUAGAAUUGCCAAGGACGAAGGAUGACUUGUCGAGAUUGGAUCUGAGUGAGGGUAUGCGGGGCACACCAGGUCGAAAAGUCAUGAAGCGGUUCAGAAGCGAGGCUGGACCGUCGACUGGUACAGACGCGAGUCAGACUCAAGACGUCGGAGUGUUGUUAGCUACCUUGCCUCCAUCAUCGCACCUAGACAUCCUCAUGGGCAUAGUGCGCAGACAUCCUGCACUCGCGUCUGAGAUCUUGGCAGAGCUCCCCCAACCUGACUUAGAUGAAUGUGUGAAUCAGCUCGACAAAAUCCUCAGUCGAAUCAGGCGGAAAACUAGUGCUGGAGUCGCUGAUCCGGCGCGAGUGUGGCCAAGAAUACAAGAUGAUGUAUCGGCGUACUGCCGAACAGCAUCGACCUACGUCUCAUUCUUCUCAUCCUCUUCGCCGUCCCCGGAUCCUGGAACCAUGCAAGCCUUGCUCUUCACCAUCACCUCGGAGGUUUACACAUUGCUUCAACUCGUCCCGUCAGAUGUCGCCGCCUCCAAUUCAGUCGCUACCCUGUUAGAAUUAGGCAAGGUUCUCGUAUCGACAUGGACUAAUUGGGUCAAUGGAAUCGCCACAGAAGUCAAUCAACGUGGUGGAAUGUAUCCUCGAUCAUUGGUCGAAGGCUGGGUAGCGAAUAUUGAAUCUUUGGCCAAUUGGCAGAGUACAAGAUCGCUUUCUUCCUUCGGUCACCCAGUCCUUGGGACUCAUCCAUUGGUCGAAUCAUUCAAGUCGGCCCUCCAAACCACCCUGGAGACUUUUAUCAAUGAAGUCGGAUGGUUGAUCGAUCGACGGUCUCAAUUCUCAGCUGGUCCAUCGUUACAUCAUAUGCCCCAAGUGCCGGUUUGGAGUCAGCCUUUUAUUCGGCCUGUCGCUGGAUAGAUGCUUUCAAACUCACAUUGACCACCACUUCAGCAGUCUUAAUCUGUAUCAUUCCACCCCUACCUGUAAGAAACAACACCUGCAUUCUGUAUGUAUGCGCAAACGACUUGCAAAGCUCUCGGAUUUGAUGACGCGUCAUGCAUGAUUAUACUAC